CUCCCAUGCAAGAUGGCGGAGAGCCUGCCGGAGCAUGAGCGGAUCCUGCAGGAGAUUGAGAGUACGGAGACGGCCUGUGUGGGACCCACCUUGAGGUCUGUGUAUGACGACCAGCCAAAUGCACACCAGAAGUUUAUGGAAAAAUUGGAUGCAUGUAUACGUAAUCAUGACAAAGAGAUUGAAAAAAUGUGCAAUUUUCACCAUCAAGGAUUUGUGGAUGCCAUUACAGAACUUCUUAAAGUGAGGGCUGAUGCAGAGAAACUAAAGGUCCAAGUUACUGAUACGAACAGAAGACUUCAAGAAGCUGGGAAAGAGGUGCUAGCUCAGACAGAGGAAAUCAUCCAGAGUAGACUUCAACAGAGGAAUAUUAUGACCGUGGUCGAAAAACUUCAGUUGUGCCUUCCAGUAUUGGAGAUGUACAGCAAGUUAAAAGAGCAGAUGAAUGUCAGAAGAUAUUAUUCUGCUCUAAAAACAAUGGAACAGCUAGAAAACAUAUACUUCCCUAGAGUUAGUCAGUAUCGGUUUUGCCAAAUCAUGAUGAGGAACCUUCCAAAACUUCGCGAGGAAAUUAAAGGGAUUUCCAUGUCAGACCUGAAGGACUUCCUGGAGAGCAUCCGGAAGCAUUCAGAUAAAAUUGGUGAAAUGGCAAUGAAGCAGGCACAGCAGCAAAAAUCUUUUAAUACUGCUCUUCAGAAGCAGAGCAGUCUGUGCUGUGGAAAGAACGUACACAUAAGCAGCAAUGGGAUUGCAGAAGCAAGGAACAAAAUAGUGUCAAAGCAGACUCUAGAAGACGAAGAAGAACACGAAGAGGAGGUUUUGACUGCUCACGAUCUGGUAGAUUUUUCUCCUGUAUAUAGAUGCCUACAUAUUUAUUCAGUUCUGGGUGAUGCAGAAACAUUUGAAAACUACUAUAGAAAGCAGAGGCGGAAACAAGCCAGACUAGUUUUACAGCCACAGUCCAACAUGCAUGAAACAGUAGAAGAUUACAGAAGAUACUUCAGUCAAAUUGUAGGUUUUUUUGUCGUGGAGGAUCACAUUUUACACGCAACCCAAGGAUUAAUAACGAGAGCUUACACAGAUGAACUUUGGAACAUGGCACUUUCCAAGAUUAUUGCUGUCCUUAGAACUCAUUCGUCGUAUUGCACUGACCCUGAUCUCGUUCUGGAGCUGAAGAAUCUGAUAGUUGUCUUUGCGGAUACUUUGCAGGGUUAUGGUUUCCCCGUCAACAGACUAUUUGAUCUUUUAUUUGAAAUAAGAGACCAGUAUAAUGAGACUCUUCUUAAAAAAUGGGCUGUAUUGUUCAGGGAUAUUUUUGAAGCAGAUAAUUACAGUCCAAUUCCUGUAUCAAACGAGGAAGAGUACAAACUUGUGAUUAGUAAAUUUCCUUUUCAAGAUCCAGAACUUGACAAGCACCGUUUUCCAAAGAAACUUCCAAUGUCACAGUCAGUGCCUCAGAUUUAUAUCCAGGUUAAAGAAUUUAUUUAUGCAAGCCUUAAAUUUUCGGAGUCACUUCAUCGGAGUUCAACAGAGAUAGAUGACAUGCUCAGAAAAUCUACAAAUUUAUUGCUGACUAGAACUUUAAGCAGUUGUUUGCAAAACCUCAUUAAAAAACCUCACAUAGGUUUGACAGAGCUGGUGCAAAUUAUCAUAAAUACAACGCAUUUGGAACAGGCAUGUAAAUAUCUUGAAGACUUUAUAACUAACGUUACAAAUAUUUCCCAAGAAACUCUCCACACAGCAAGACUCUAUGGUCUUUCAACAUUUAAGGAUGCAAGACAUGCUGCUGAAGGGGAGAUUUAUACGAAACUGAAUCAGAAGAUUGAUGAAUUUAUCCAGCUUGCUGACUAUGAUUGGACAAUGAUUGAGCCUGAUGGGAGAGCUAGUGGCUAUUUAAUGGAUCUAAUUAAUUUCUUGAGAAGCACCUUUCAGGUUUUUACUCAUUUGCCUGGAAAAGUAGCUCAGACCGCUUGUAUGUCUGCUUGCCAGCAUCUCUCAACCUCCCUGAUGCAGAUGCUGUUGGAUAGCGACUUGAAACAGAUCAGCAUGGGAGCUAUUCAGCAAUUUAAUUUAGAUGUCAUACAGUGUGAAUUGUUUGCAAGUUCUGAGCCUGUACCUGGAUUCCAUGGAGAAACCUUGCAACUAGCAUUUAUUGACCUCAGACAAGAUAUGAAAGAUAAGGAAGUAAGUCCAGUGGUCAGGUUUUACCUGCCCACCCGGACUGUGCCCUGGGGUCAAGCUCCUGAUAUUUGCUGUUUGGUGUAG